CAGCAUCCUGGCAUUGGAUGCUGACCAGUCUCUCUGCUUUCAUUGGUGGAGGCUGCUGUCAGUUAGUUAGUGGCCCCACCCUCCUCAGCGCACUUAUUAAUAGCCGACUGGUACUGGGAGGAGAAAGAACUACCUUGGAGUGGUAGAAGUCUUGUGUGCCACAAACGAGAAGGAGACCCAAAAAGGCAGGAAGCCAAGAGUCAACCAUGGAUCCUGCAACGAUCGCUGGAGCAGCAGCUGGAUUGGGAGCCGCCGUUGUUGGGGCCCCAGCCGUGCUUGGAGCUCUGGGUUUCACUGCCGCUGGAAUUUCCGCUGGAUCCAUUGGCGCCUGGAUGAUGUCCGCGGCUGCCACGGCCAAUGGAGGAGGAGUCGCUGCCGGGGGCGUCGUUGCCACACUGCAGUCCUUGGGUGCUGCAGGUCUUUCUGCGUCUGCCCAAGCUGCCUGGACUGCUGGAGGAGCGCUGCUGGGUGCCUUCUUCUAAUGAAGAUGGGCGCUUUAUUGCUAACCGAGAUGCAAACCCCCCCCCAUUCUGCUUCCCCUAAAGUUGCUUAAUGUUGCUUAAUAACAAGCUUGCUGAGACCCUGCUGGAGGGGCGAUCUGACCACCAGACCAUCUGGCAGAACCAACAUCAGCCACAAACUCUGCUCUCCAAGACAGAACACGGCACAAAACCAAACAGAGGCAGAAGGAAUGGUGUUGUGUAAUUAGGUUGGCACUUGGAUGCUGAGUGUGUGAGGUGCAUGUUGAGUCUAAAACCUUUUCUGCCAAGUAGGACAGAAACCAUCCUAUAAUGAUAGAACUGGACCCCAUGAUAGCCAUUCUGGUUGUCCCUAUAUUGAGGCUUACGUUAUGGCAGCAGUUGGUGUCCAGUAUAAAGACCACCUAGUGGAUGUCUAGCUACGGAUAUCAGCUGGUUGCGGUUGUGAUUUAAUAAAACUGUUUUAGUUUUAAACACA